CUCCUUUCUAGUUUUUUUUAUUAUUUUUCAGCGGCUGCGCUGAAUUUUAUUAAAGUCGAUCGGUAUGCUGCUCUUUGCCGAAAAAACACACAAACGUAUUAAGUUUGAUAUUUAGUUUGGAGAGGCUGUUUGGAGUUCAGAGCCAGAUUAGAGACGUCAGCAGUGGCGACGCCAACGCCAAAGUCGUCGCUGCCGUUGGCUGGCUAUAAAAGCCACCGCCUGCGAAGAUCAACCAACCAGUGUGGAUCUUACCAUAUACCAGCCCAUCAACAAGCAAGAUGUUCAAGCUAACGCUCUGCCUCCUCGCCGCCCUGAUGCUGGCCAAUGUCCAUGCGGAUAACAUCAACAAGGAUGCCGUGAUCACCCGCCAGGACGUCGACUCUGCCGAUCCCGAGGGCAACUACAAUUACGCCUUCGAGACCAGCAAUGGCAUCCAGGCCCAGGAGUCCGGCAACAGCAAUGGAGCCACAGGAAACAGCAACUACAUCUCCCCCGAAGGCAUUCCCAUCUCGCUGACCUACAUCGCCGACGAGAACGGAUUCCAGCCCCAGGGCGCUCACCUUCCCACCCCUCCACCAAUCCCAGAGGCCAUCCUCCGCGCCCUGGAAUACAUUGCCGCCCACCCACCACAACAACGUUAAUUCCGAAUUGGAUACCCCAUUUAAAGCCUAGUCAGUGCUUUUGCUAUAAUGAGUUAUGCCUAGUUCUAAAAAGUCUGUAGAUAAACCCAUAAAACAAAACAAAAAAAAACAAAUAAUACUUUGAAAAAUUCCAUCAAA